CUGUCAAAGUGAUAAAAAUUUGGUAAUCGCUUGUUUGUUUACGUACAGUUUUGGGUGAUUUAUCGAUAGGAAGUUUUUAAGGAUCUCUUUGCCAUACUGUACCAAUGGCAGCAGGAUGUAGUAAAUCGUUUGGAUCCAAGUUCGAGGAAGAGCUCUACUAUGAUGUAGAAUACGAGGAUUUUUGCAAGAAUUUUGAAUUUUCGAAUUCAUCGUCUUGUUGGAUCUGUAACGGCUACUAUGGUUCCAGCUACGGGGAACCACUUUGCGGUACAUGUCAUGCUUUCAUAUUUCCUAAUCAUUCAAACGAAGAAGCCGAAGGACUAGUCACGGAAUUCUCUGAUGAUGAAGAUUCCGGUAAUGACGAGCCGCCCGAAAAUGGUUCCGAAGCUAAGGAUCGCCCAGACGAUGAGGAUUCAGACUACGAUUUGGAGCGACCACGACCUUCUGCGCCGAGAAACUUGAACCAGUAUUUAGAUUUGCUCUCACAGCCGCGUGACUCUGAUGAAUCACAGCAAAAAAUAUGCUCACUUCCGGUGGAAGUACUACUCUCAAUUUUCUCCUACCUUGAUGAUCUUUCGCUGUGGAAUGUAAGCGAAGUAUGCAAGCAGUGGAAACGAAUUCUCGAGGUUCACACUCCACAACAGAUGUGGCGAAAAUACACUAAAGAACGGUGGCCGCUUUUCCAGCAGAUUUCUACCAUUCCCAACUGGCUCUAUAUGUAUGGUGCCCUCAUGAAUUCAUGCUUCUGCCGAACAUGUCUCAUUCAAAUGGCAUUGAAAGCACCCAUGCGCGGUAGAGUAAACCACAUUCGGGCAAACAGACUACGGAGUGAUAUUCGCUCGCUGGAUCUAGAUGCCACCGAAGGAAUUGAUGCCGUCGCCCUCGAUAACCAGCUGUUCCACUGGCAAGCAUCGAUUCUCGGCCCAGCUGGCAGUCCGUACGAGGGAGGCAAAUUUUUCCUCUAUAUCGUGAUUCCUUGUUCGUACCCAAUGCUUCCGCCACAGGUUCGAUUCCUGACGAAAAUUGUUCACCCUAAUGUGUCACGCCACGGAGAUGUGGGCAUUGACAUUAUUCAUCACAACUGGUCGUUAGCGUUGACCAUCUCGAAGCUGCUGCUGUCGGUUCAGAGUUUACUAACAGAUCCUUUCACACAGAUUUGUAUGGAACCCGAGCUUGGUCGAAUGUAUGAAAACGACCGACCGAAGUUUGAGUCCCUCGCCAGACGCUGGACAUGGAAAUACGCCAUGUACGAGGUUCUACCACCACUUGAGGGAUUACUCUAAACAGCUUAGAGCAAAUAGUUUGACGCACACAUUUUCACUAUUUUUGUGAAGUACUUUAUAAAAGUUUUCCGUCUCAAAGCCAUCCGAUUUUAAUUUUUAUAACUCAAUUCCUCCGGUAAGUCGUGUGGUGAGUGAUGAAUUGUAUACUGGGUGUUGAAGAAUUCAAGUUAAUACUUUGAGUUUGCGAACCUUUAAUUUUAUUUAUUUAACUUAUCGUGGAGCAAAGCCAGACAACGAACGUGAUGAAAAAUAUUUUCUUUUAUAUUUCAUAUAAAACUCAAACGCUGCCAACAGUUGGCGGCAAGUAUAACGUUAGAAGAUACGGAUCAAUUUAUCGAUGUGACUGAACUAUGAAAUAAUAAAGUAAUGAAAGUAAUAUGAGGAUAA